GGAACUGUUUUGUGGGGAACCGGCAGACCGGCCGGAUCUAUUUCUCAGAGGUUCCGAUCGUGCAGCCCUGGUGCUUGGCUGAGGAGGGUCCGGGCGGAGUCGAGCUGGAGCGCAGCGGCGGCGCCGGGGCGCCCAACAAGCUGGCUGCCAUGCCCCCUCCUGCAGCCGGUGCUCCGUCAGAGAAGCCGAUCGUGCUGAUGAAGUCUCGGGAGGAAGGAAAGGCCUCUGCAACCGGGGACGUCUCAACACCCCCCUUGGGCUCAGCAAAGGGGGAGAAGGAGGGGCAGAGACCCACACAGCCUGUCUACCAGAUCCAGAACCGUGGCAUGGGCCCAUCGGCCCCCAGUGCUGCUGUGGACCCUGUCAUUGGACAAGCAAAGCUCCACCCCCCCGAGAGGAUGAAACACAGCGUAAAGCUGGUGGACGACCAGAUGAACUGGUGCGACAGUGCCAUGGAGUACCUGCUGGACCAGACAGACGUGUUGGUGGUGGGAGUGAUCGGCCUCCAGGGCACAGGCAAAUCCACUGUCAUGUCUCUCCUAUCGGCGAAUCACCCAGAGGAGGACCCAAGGUCGUAUGUGUUUCGCUGCCAGACUCAGGAGAUGAAGGAGCGUGGGGGGACGCAAACCAGCGGCAUUGACUUCUUCGUCACCCAGGAGAGGGUCAUCUUCCUGGACACACAGCCCAUCCUGAGCCCAGCCGUACUCGACCAUCUCAUCAACAACGACCGAAAGUUACCCCCCGAGUACAACCUGCCACACACCUAUGUGGAGAUGCAGUCACUACAGUUGGCUGCCUUCCUGUUCACGGUCUGUCAUGCUGUCAUCGUAGUCCAGGACUGGUUCACCGACAUUAACCUGUACAGAUUCCUGCAGACAGCGGAGAUGCUGAAACCCUCCACACCCUCCCCCAGCCAUGAACUGAGCGGGGGCUCUGGCGCUGAUGAAGGCACAGAGUACUACCCAAACAUUGUGUUCCUCCAGAAUAAGGCCCAUCGUGAAGACUUCUGCCCUCGAAACCUGAAGAAAAUGCACACAGUCAUCAACAAGCUGAUGUUGCACUCCCACCUCAAGUACAAAGGUGCCAUAUCCAUGCUGGACUGCAACAUCUUUCCAGGCUUGAGCAGCGAUUUCCUGGAGUCUGAAGUCAACCUGUUCCUGUUGCCGGUGAUGGAAAGCGAAGCUGAUGAAAACCUCUCAAGGGCAGGGGCUGGUGGGAUCUCCCUGUUCCCUCUGCUGCCUGGUUACAGAGGGCACCCCAGCUUCCAGGGCUUGAUUGGGAAACUCCGAGGACAGGUCCUUUCCAUGGCGAGACCACAGCUCUCUCACACAAUCCUCACUGAGAAAAACUGGUUGCACUACGCUGCUCGGAUCUGGGACAGUGUGAAGAAAUCGACAGUGUUAUCAGAGUACAGCCGUCUGCUCUCCUAGCAGCCAGACCGGCUAAUUGACCGUGGGAGGCGGCAGCAGCACUGAAUCCCUGUCCCCUCCGACCCACCCCCUGU